UUAUAUAACCACCAUGGCGGCUUUAUAUGGGUUUGGAAGUACCGCAAAACAGAUAACGAUCAAAUUUAUUGUGCUAAUAUCUUGAGAGUUACAAAAUCCUCUGCUAAGAUUCAUUUUGAGGCCUUUUGAUAUCAGAACAUUGUAUUUAUAUGUAAAGUUUGAUAAAGUUUUAUUAUUGCAAACGAAAUAUUAAUUUCAUGAGUGUCUUUUGGCUUCCGCUUAAGGGCUGACCCUCAAUCUAUUACUUUCGCUUGCAUUUAUUAUUUACCUGAAGUCAGAAAAAACCAACGAUGAGUUCUGGCAGACGAAGAAGUGGCCAAAAUGUGUCGGGUACAACAACGGAAGAUCAAGCUUUUAGUCAAAUUGCCUCCGAGGCUGAAACACGAUUGGCGGCCAAACGAGCAGCAAGAGCUGAAGCACGAACCAUUCGUAUGAAAGAACUGGAAAAACAGCAAAAAGAGCUUGACGAGGAAUAUGAAAAACAGUAUCAAAAUGAGGAAACUCCAAUCAAGAGAAAAACCUCAGCAUCACUUAUAAAUUCCAAUACAUCUAAUGAAAAUUCCUACUCAGAAAUUGAUGGAUAUCAUGAUUCAGACAAAUCAAUUAAACAAGUUCAGGACAAACUUGUGGAAUUGGAAGAGAAAUAUAAGAAAGCUAUGGUUCAAAUAGCUCAACUAGAUGAUGAAAAGCAAACAUUGGUUUAUCAAACUGAUGACCUAAAAGACAAACUUGAGGAUGGAGAAGAUGAAUGCACAGAGGCUAGGUAUGAACUAAAGGAGAAAAACAAGGAAAUAGAUCGCUUGAAACGGCAAAUAAAGAAUUUGGAAAAGGAAAUUGAACAGUAUAAAGAGGCCAUAGAGUAUAGGGAUAAUUUUAUUGCUGAAAAAGGAUUGUCGUUAUUUGAGGAUUCAGAACAGGACGGCGCCGUAGUUAGUGAAACUGAUGGUGGAAAUGCAUCCAAUAUAAAAGAUAAUAACGAGGCAACGUCACAAGAAGGCAGUAAAUUGUCAAAUUCUAACAGCGAUGCUACGGUUGAUCGAACUGCAGUCAUUUCAGACGAUAAAGAACUUUUAGUGGAUCAGAUAAAGUUAUUACAAAGUCAAUUAGCUGAAUUGAAGGCAGCUUCUGGUGUUGAUAGACGUCAUUUGGAAAUUCCAACUCAAGAUGAUUUGGAAGAUAUUCGACGUGAAUUUGCAAGGCAGGCAAAUGACAUGAAGAUUAAAAUGCACAAGUUAGAGCAAGAAAACACUAGACUUGAAGGCUUGGUGAUGAGAUUGGAAAGUCAAGUGAAACGAUACAAAUCACAAGCAGAAGCUGCGGAAGCAACAGAGGAAACAUUAAAAACUGAGAAACGAAAACUGCAAAGAGAACUACGAAAAGCUCAAGACGAUCUUAUUGAAAUACAAACAGCACAUGAUCAUAUACAAAAGAGAUAUGAAAAACUCAAAUCACGCCGUAAGGACGAAACUUGAUAAAAUUUCGUUUUCUCAAAAAGAUAUUGAUUCCCCUUCCCAUGUAUCAAGAGAUAACUAGCUGUAACAAACUCCUUUGCAAGAGGUGCGUCAUAACGAUGUUUAUUACCACAGGCGUCAGCGAACAUUGUGUUAUCAGGUUGCUCUGUAUUUUGGUACUUCUUAUUCUACAAUACAAUUUCAACUUUCUGGCAAGCAACACGAACGUUAACCGUUAGGUACCUAUAACUGACUGUAAAAUUGAGCGCUUUGCCAGAAAUGACAUUUUCACGCUCUAGUCUUUGUUUUAAAAUCAAUCUCGUGAACAAAUAUUCCUUUAACAAAAUAUUUGUUGUGAAAUCAAACGUUGGUUACGUAGUUGUUGUUGAUUUGGUCAAAGUUUACCACGCUAUGAAUGUUGUCCUUGUGUAUCGCUGACCGUUUCAAUAGGUUUGCAAAUAUACUCCAAGUGAUAAAACCAAGUCAUUUUUGUUGUUAACUUGUGUUACUCUGCUGAAAGAUAUAAUUGUAAUUAAUUAAUGUUAGGAUAUUUUAUUAGAAUGUGUAGAAGCCGAAAUAAAAUUUACAAUGCUAGAAA